AUGGCGCGCGCCCUUCGCCCGCUCCCAAACUCGGAAGUCGGGCCAGGCACGUUUACGUUUCCAGCGCUCGCGUCUGGAAGGGCGAAAUGUUACCCACACAGAUCCUCCGGCGCCGACAUGGAGGACGCCGACAUGGAGACGGACGACGAUCCGCGCCCUCCGGAGCUCCCCGACGAGCUCCUGCAGGUCGUGAUGAUGCACGCUGACGACCCGAUCGACCUCUUGCGGUUCGCGCGCGUGUCGAGGUCGUGGCGGCGCGUCGCGGGACGGCAAGAGGUGUGGCGUCGCGCGUAUCGGAAUCGAUGGCUCUCGGGAGCGCGCGACGACGACGACGACGACGACGACGACGAAGACGGCGGCUUCGCGUACGCUUUCGCGCUCGCGCUCGACCGCCCCGACACGUUCAGGCUGCGAGCGCCGACGGACGACGCGUCCGACGAAGACGACGUCGAGCGAAUCUUCGCGCCGGACCCCUCGCGCAAGGACGUCCGCGCGCUGUCGCUGUUCAACCGUCGCGUCGAGUUGGAAAUCCUGCGAACGCUCGACGACGCGGUCUGGCCGACGGCGCGAGCGAGAGCGCGCGAGCGCCUGCGUCGCCGUCUCAUCCCGUCCGCGCGCUCGAGCUUCGACGCGUCUGAGUACGACGACAACCCGAACGCGGACGAGAUCUUCUCGCACGCGUGCGCGGUCGCGCGGUGGGCGCUGCGGAGACGCGUCGGGUGGGACGGGUCCAAACCCCUCUCUCGCGCGCGCGGCGCGGCGGAGCUGAUCGCCACCCUCGUCGAGUUCGAGGUCGCGAUCGAGAUGGGCGACCUCGCGAUGGAGGCGAUGGACUUCGACGAAGAAGAGUAUCGCGAUCGCAAUGUGAGGGUAAACGACGACGCGGAGACGACGGCUCGCGCGAGCGAAGAGAUGGCGUCGACGGAGGAGGGCCUCGCGCACAUCGCGCGGCUUCUCGACCACGACCUCGACCCUAUGAGGAUACACGCGUGCUUGGAUAAGAUCGGCGCGGAGUUUAAGCGCAGGCUCGACGAGAGCGGCGCGUACGCGGAGGGCGAGGACGGCGCCCGCGAGAUGCGAGCGAACCCGAGGCUGGCGCUGGAGAUCCUCAACGCGUUUCUCUUCGACGACGAGCACGGCGCGAGGCAACCGGCGGAGGCGGCGUGGAACCCCAGGGCGGAGAAGUACGAGAUCGCGGGCGGCGACCUCAUGGACCCUCGCGUCGAGGUUCCUCGCUCCGGCGGGCUGCGGUUCGUCGGGAACGGCGCGAGGUAUUACGACCCGGAGAACAGCUCGUUGGCGUCCGUGUUGCGUCGGAGGGUGGGCAUUCCGAUCACGUUGUCCGUGGUGUACGCCGCCGUGGCGCGACGCGGCGGGCUGACGAUUCGCUUCCUCAACGUUCCCGGGCACUUCGUGUGCGGCGUCGCGAGCGGCGCGCGCGUCCCGAACGCGAACGUCAGCGCGGGGGGGGAGAUCUCCAUCAUCGACGUCUUCAACCAGGGCGCGACGACGGAUCCCGUGAGCGUCGACGCCGUGCCGCCUGAGCUUCUCCGUCGGACGCCGCCGCCGGACGUGUGUUUUCGCGCGCUGAACAACCUGCGCGUGAUAUUUCAGCGGCACGACGGCGCGGGGAAGUACAGCAACGCGUACGCGCACAGACCCGAGGUCGUGAACCACUCGCCGAGGCGACGGGCGACGCUGUACUCGCUGUUCGCCGCGAUGCGCGCGCUGCAGCCGGUGCUCGAGUUUGACCGAGAAGCUGGGAAAAUCGCGCUGGAGUUUGGGCACCGGGAGGACGCGCUGGAGUGCGGCGUGGAUCCCGCGGACGUGGAUCGACUCGUGAACCCGGCGACGGUCGCGCUGAGCAACACGAGCGUCUUCGAUCGCGCCGCGCGUCCGCGGGCUCUCGAGAUCGGGGCCAUCGUGGUCGUGGCCCCGCCCAAGGACGGGUCGGAGGCGCGUUGGGUUGUGUGCGGCUUCUUCGACGUCGCCGCGGAGGGCCUCGAGGAUCAAUUCGCGACCGGGGACGACGACCCGGAUGGGGUGUACUACAACGUGAUGCGUCUCGACGACGACGCGGAGGAAAGGAUCUUUGGCGUCGCGGACCUCUUGCCCGCGUACAAAGACUGCGACGUCGAUCUCGGGUUCCCGUAUCGCGCGCCGUUAGAAGAGCAACCGAAUCUCGUGCACGCGCUGGGCGCUUACUUCGAGUCGUACGACCCCGACGCGCGGAGGUUCGUCCCGCACGCGUUCACGCGGUACAAGUACGGGUACGACGCGCCGAGCGCCGCGCCGGAGCACGUGCGAUGA